AUGAUGAUUACGUUUUUUAUGGUGUUUAUGUCUAUCGAUUUAUUUCAGUUCAUAGAAAACAGCAUAUGCACAGGGGUAAAUGGAACAAAAGACUGCUGUUUUGGUUUUUCGUUAAAUAGAACAACUAGGAAGUGCGAAAAAUGUGCCAAUGGCUACAUUGGCAGCGAUUGUUCCCAAAAAUGCAUUCAUCCUACUUAUGGAGAAGACUGCCAAUAUAUUUGUCAUUGCCUCGAAGCAGACUGCCAUUAUUCUUAUGGAUGCUUGCAGAAGACGGGAACAAUUUCUCAAAAGCCGAGUUCAACAAAAAAGGUUGCAGAUACAUUUUUGGGGACGUCUACAGUCGCUUCGUUAUCGAAUAAAACGGUUUCCUAUCAGUACACUUCUGAAGACUCAUCGGUGUAUUUACAAAAAAUAAGCGAAACUACAGAGAAAAACAUCUCCAGCAGCAAUGAUUUGCUGAAAAACGAUGUUUUUGUGGGCUUGUUUGGAGUUUUUGUCUUUUUUUUCAUUGUUUUUGUUGUUGGAAAUAUUUAUCGCAAAUUUUUCCGAAAGAACUUAGUUACAAAUCAAUUUAAAGAAAGUGAAUGGCAUGCACAGUAUCAAUCGCUUAAUGGUAUAGAUACAGCUUCUCCUGUUGCACAGGUGCGACCAAAUGGAGAAUCUUUGUACCUAUCUCCAGUGUUUAGUAGACAUGAGAAUGAUAGUACCGUUGACUUGCAGGGGCACGAUAUAAGACCUGGACUCAACGUCGUUUCAGAAGAGCUAGCUUUGGGCAGACAAAGAUUCACUCACGACUCCACGUAUGCAGAAAAUGAAUUAAAUGUUUCUCUAGCUGGUCGAACAGAUCAUGUAUACACCGAUAUACCGGAAAACAGCGAAGAAAAUUUUAAUCCUACAAUUGAUUUUGGCCUUGAAUCUAACAUCUUAAACAACAACGAUAGUAGAACUGCAUUGGAUGGACCAGUUGUGUACAUGAACCUGUAA